CACUCUUCCGUAAUACUCACUCCUCCCUCUCUCACCGUUUCAUUCACCAAACCAAACGCUUCUUCUGAGAACCCAGAGAGAGAAAUACAGAAACACUCCUCUAAUGGCAACAAAAGUUUAUGUUGUGUACUAUUCUAUGUAUGGACACGUGGCAAAGCUGGCAGAAGAGAUAAAGAAAGGGGCUGAAUCUGUGGAAGGUGUAGAAGCAAAAAUGUGGCAGGUACCUGAAACACUGCCUGAUGAAGUUCUUGGGAAGUUGAGUGCACCACCAAAAGGUGAUGCCCCAAUCAUUACACCCGAGGAACUUGCCGAGGCAGAUGGGCUUAUAUUAGGUUUCCCCACUAGAUACGGAAUGAUGUGUGCUCAGUUCAAAGCCUUCCUAGAUGCAACCGGAGGCCUUUGGAGAACACAACAGCUGGCUGGCAAGCCCGCGGGCAUCUUCUACAGCACUGGAUCUCAAGGAGGUGGACAAGAAACUACAGCCCUGACAGCAAUUACACAGCUUGUUCACCAUGGAAUGAUCUUCGUACCAAUUGGCUACACAUUUGGCGCUGGCAUGUUUGAGAUUGAGCAGGUGAAGGGUGGCAGCCCUUAUGGUGCUGGAACUUACGCUGGGGAUGGUUCAAGACAGCCUUCUAAGCUUGAACUUGAGCAAGCCUUCCACCAGGGAAAGUACAUUGCUGGCGUUGCAAAGAAACUUAAAGGCAGUGCUUGAUUUUUCUCACCACAUUACCACUACUCUGCUUGUUAUACUUGCAAUUUUUUUUUUUUGUACCCUUUUCUUUUUAAAUUUCAGCUAUGUUCUAAAUAGUGCAAUCAUGCUCAUUAUUAUAAUAAAUACCUCCUUAGUCAAGAGCAUGUCUUGUUUCUCAACAAAUUAUAUUCAAUUAAUGACAGUUUGCUUACACUUCCAUCCC